UCCAGCCCCCAACUGCUAACGUUUUGGCGUGAAACUCAAAUCCCGGGCGGGAGAAGACGGAGGCAGUCGGUUAGCAGCGAAACCUUUUGAGUUUGAAACGGAAAUCAUAGUUUUAAAUUGUUUUUAAUCACCGUCUUAACUUCUGAAUGAGUUGAGUUGAGUUUUUUGUCGGGUCGAAGAGGAGGCAGGAUAACGACGUACCAACAGUGUCGACUUAACGUACCGCGGAGAGACGGGAAGUGAUUCAACAGUUUAAAGAUGAUCAUGAAGGGGCAGAAGAGGAAACUACCACCAGAGGACAUUGAGGUUUCAGAUAGGACCAGCCCCUUCUGGGAGAGCCAGCGGCAGUUUGUGUUUUCAGUUUCCCUGAACAAGUAUCAGCGUGGCCAGGAGCUACCUGAACCCAGCCUUCGGCGGUCCGUUCUGAUAGCCAACACACUGCGGCAGGUCAGCCUGGAGGAGUCUGGGGCGCCCUCUGUAGACAUGGAGGUGUCUCAACCACCUUGUAGCUCCUCAUCUUUACUCCAGGAAAGUAAUUUUACUGGAGUUGCUGCAGCAAAACAUCAGUCUGCAGCGACGUUUGCUAACAGCCACUCAACUCUUGCCAGCUGUCCUCUGGUUUCUUUAAAUAACUUAUCAAAUUGUGCCGCAAAUAGGUCACCAGCAAGCUGCCACUCGAGCAUCCCUCUGUCUGUAAAAGAUGAAGAUGAGGAUUGGGGUUCGAUGUCCACGGAUCCUGAUUUCUCCCUUUCAGCUGCCAUCUCCUCCAUUCUCACUGCACUUGACUCUACCAUUGACGGGAGCCCACAGCCAGCUCCACGGUCGCCUCUCAGGUCCUUGGAGAACCUUUCGGGGCCCUCUGAGGGUGGUGUUGCAUGGGUGAAGCAGGGAGUCAGAGGUUAUGGGGGAAGCUGGGAGCAGCAGGAAGACUGCAGGGCAUGGGAGAGCAGCAUGGAUGUGAUGAGGUCCAGCUACCUCAGUGAGCUCACUGUGGAGGAUCUGUUCCAGGAUAUAGACACGUCCCUGCUGGAGAGGGACAUGGGAGUACUUGGGCUCAGAGGCAGUGGAGGUGGAUACCCAAGCGGGGAUGACCUUUUACGGUACCUGCCGCCUUUCUCCUCCUCCUCCUCCUCCUCGAACCCCUUCUCUCUCUCCCUCAACCAGAGUAUGAAAUGCCUGCCUUCGUUCUCCUCAUUCAGCCCAUUGUCUUCCUCAUCCUCCUCUUCACCAUCUCUUUCUUCACCACCCUUCUCUAGUCAUAAUCAUGUGAGAGAAGGACUUGAGCUUGAGCAUCUGAUGGAGAUCCUGGUGGAGUCCUGAUAGCCUCACUGUCAUGUAAGAAUUUUAACAGGAAGUAACCUGAACACCAUUAGGUAGUGAACAAAAACUGAAUUCCAAAGGCAAAGGCCUGGAUUGUUAAACACAAAUAUUCACUUUGCUGUUUUUAUAUAUUGCUCAAGAAAUAGUAUAUGAUGGGCUUAAGAAAGUAGUAAGAAAUGUUGAUGCUCAAGGCAGAAAUGCUACAUGGAGUAACCGAUGUAUCUGGCAGCUUUUUGUGUAACAUGAAGGCUUUUGGAAGUCAGGUCACUGUGAAAAUGCAGCGGACUGAACGUUGUGGCGACACAUGGGAUAAAUCCCUUUUAAAAGUAUACAAUGUUAAUGUGAGUUCUGAGAAAAUGUGAUUUGGCUGGUGUUGGAAGGAGGAUGGUUGAAACACUAAUAUUAUACGUCAAAUCUUCUGUGAAGAAAUCCUUUAAGGGGCAGAGAUCAGGUCAGGAUUUCAAAGAGUAGGAGCACCCAGAAAAAUGGUGUCUUUGCAUAUUUAUAAUAUCAAGUGGUUUUGCCAGAAGAAAUCCAAAAGAAUCAGUGUUUUUGUUCAGUUACAAAAAAUGAAAAUGUAUAAUUCUUGAAGGUUGUCUUUAACUGGGUGUUUUUUCUUUGUAUUCCUCCGUUUAUCAUAAGUUCUGAUUCUGUAGAUACAACGGCGGCACCAUUACAUUUUGUUAAUGUAUCCUGUAUUAGCAGUAGUGGAAAAGGGCAUUUUCAACAUGCUGGCUGUUAACGCAUGUCCGAUCUGAAGGCUGAAAAGACUGAAACUAGAACUAAGUUUGUGUCUUUUAAUAGAUGCUUUUAUUGAAAGCACAUGCAGCAUUUUCAUUGUGUAUAUAAAACAUCCUCAUGGGUUUUUCUGUGACAGUGCAGAACCACUUUGUGUCAUUAGUUAAAGUCAAAGCCACUUCACAACAGCUUCUGUUGUACAGAUGUGUUAUUAUUGAUCAGUCCCGGUGGGAGUCCAGCAUCAUGCUUUGAGCCACAUUGGCUGGAUGGUUGUUCACUCUACAGUUUCUGCUUGCUUUAGUGGAGUUCACGUUUUAUAUGGUUAUUGCACUUUUGUUAAUAUGCAUUUCUAACAUCAGUCAUGUGAGCAUGUGGUUUACUUUGUAUUUAGUAGCAAUGGCAACGUUACAUUUGAUUCCCUUUUAACCUGUAAAGUUGAGUCAUUUUAAAUGUUUGGUUAAUGCUUUUUUUUUUUAAGAAAUACACUUAGGAAGUGUGUUUUUAACUGUAACUUAACCAGCUAUAGAUGUUGAUCAGCGUUUAAUCGAACACUGCUGAAAUGCAUUUUUUUUUUCUUUUUUGCCUGUUUGUCAGGUUUUUGUACAUUCAUCCGGUUUAUGGAUCAAAGUUGCUUUCUAUGCAAAGGUCCUUUCUGAAUAUCUGGGCUUGAGUCUCAAACUAUUUAUAAAUGGCAUUUUGUUAACAAGACGAGUAAUUAAUGUAAAACCAUACUUGACAAUUCACUAAUGGUAUAUUAACAUACCGUCAUGGCAGUAGUUAUUUACGUUUAUUUUCUCUACAAAUAUUUUAAUGGUUAUGCUUUGAAAGUGAGGGCAGAAUGCCCAUAAACUAUAAAUCUAGACUUCUUUCAAAAGAAGGCAAAUGUCUGUUUACUUAUGUUUUUUAAUAAAAUGUGAAAAAGAA